AUGAGUGACGAGAAAGACCACUCCGAACAUGCCACCCACCAGCAAGUUUCCAAGGAGAUCAACUUCGAAUGGACUCCUGAACUCGUGAAGCUUGUUACAUCCCGCGGCUUGAUACAUCCAUUGAUCGGCCCCCUUGAUCAAGACCCCGAUGGAUUCCCAAAAUGCAUCUACCGGCCUGGCAUGACCCUCCCAGACCCUGCUGAUACGCGGGGAUGUCUGAACUGGGUUGGACUAUCCGAGGAGAAGAUCCUUGAGGUGGAACGGAAGUUCAAGCAGCUAUAUCCCGAUUACCAAGCACCCCGAUGUGGGUAUGAUGAGAAACAUUUGCCGCGUGGUCUCAAUGAGAUUACCUUCCCUACCAUUGACAAAAUGUUGGAUAUAUUUUUUCAAGGGCUGGACCAAGGGCUGGAUAUCGACUCCACAGAACCCCUUCAACAAACUCAUGAGGCGUACAUUGAGAAGGGCAUCCAGGAAGGACUACGGCCAGAAUUUGCCAUUUUCUGUGGAAUGCACAAGGACGAUCCCCGGGCUACCGAGGACCCUGAUCUAUUCAACGAGUUCUGGUUUACCAAGGGCCCACAGGACUUUAUCGCUGAUUCCAUCAUCCCAUCGUCUUGGACAAAGGUCAAAGAUUUUCUGGAGCAAAGGCUAAUACACGAGGGGAAGGCAUGGCAGGAUCAUCAUGGGCGGUGGUUGGUCCAUGAGGGAGAGAGUAUGGAGCAGGCAAAAGCGAGAGUAGAUGAUCAAGAGCUUCAGAGGCUACGACAAAAGGCGUCUGAGGAGUAUAAAGCAAGGAGAGAACAGGAGAGACAAGAGAUCGCAAGGCUGGAUGCUGAAGAUAAAGCACGGUGGGCAGAAGAGGAGAGACUGGAGGCAGAGAUGUCGAAGAAAAGUACCUAG